AUGCGACGCAAGGUGGUGUCGGAGGAGGAGCAGCGGGACAGUGGGGGCGAGCAGCGCGGCGAUGAGGACGACAUCCCCCUGGGACCCCAGUCCAACGUCAGCCUCCUGGACCAGCACCAGCACCUCAAGGAGAAGGCAGAAGCCCGGAAGGAGUCGGCCAAGGAAAAGCAGCUGAAGGAGGAGGAGAAGAUCCUGGAGAGUGUGGCAGAGGGCCGAGCUUUGAUGUCAGUGAAGGAGAUGGCAAAGGGCAUCACAUACGAUGAUCCAAUUAAAACCAGCUGGAGAGCGCCCCGCUACAUCCUGGGCAUGUCAGAGGCCCGGCACGACCGCGUGCGCAAGAAGUACCACAUCCUCGUGGAGGGCGAGGGCAUCCCCCCUCCCAUCAAGAGCUUCAAGGAGAUGAAAUUCCCGGCAGCUAUCCUGAGGGGCCUGAAGAAAAAAGGAAUCCAGCAGCCAACGCCCAUCCAGAUCCAAGGCAUCCCCACUAUCCUCUCAGGAAGGGAUAUGAUCGGCAUUGCCUUCACUGGCUCUGGGAAGACCUUGGUUUUCACCCUUCCCGUUAUCAUGUUCUGCCUGGAGCAGGAGAAGAGGCUGCCGUUUUCCAAGCGAGAGGGCCCCUACGGACUCAUCAUCUGUCCCUCUCGGGAGCUGGCCCGGCAGACCCACGGCAUCAUCGAAUACUACUGCCGCCUGCUGCAGGAGGACGGGCUGCCCCCGCUGCGCUGCGCCCUCUGCAUCGGGGGCAUGUCUGUCAAGGAGCAGAUGGAGACCAUCAAGCAUGGUGUGCACAUGAUGGUGGCAACCCCUGGCCGCCUCAUGGACUUGCUGCAGAAGAAGAUGGUGAGCUUGGAUAUCUGCCGGUACUUGGCCUUGGAUGAGGCUGACAGGAUGAUUGACAUGGGCUUCGAGGGGGACAUCCGCACCAUCUUCUCCUAUUUCAAGGGCCAGCGGCAGACCCUUCUCUUCAGUGCCACAAUGCCCAAGAAGAUCCAGAACUUUGCCAAGAGUGCCCUGGUGAAGCCCAUCACUAUCAAUGUUGGGCGAGCGGGCGCUGCCAGCUUGGAUGUUGUGCAGGAAGUGGAGUAUGUGAAGGAGGAGGCCAAGAUGGUGUACCUGCUCGAGUGCCUGCAGAAGACCCCGCCACCUGUGCUGAUCUUUGCGGAGAAGAAGGCAGAUGUUGAUGCAAUCCAUGAAUACCUGCUGCUCAAGGGUGUGGAAGCUGUGGCCAUCCAUGGAGGGAAAGAUCAGGAGGAGCGGACGAAAGCCAUCGAGGCCUUCCGGGAUGGGAAGAAGGAUGUCCUGGUUGCCACUGACGUAGCUUCCAAGGGCCUGGACUUCCCAGCUAUCCAGCAUGUCAUCAAUUAUGACAUGCCAGAAGAGAUUGAGAACUAUGUUCACCGCAUCGGGCGCACGGGCCGGUCAGGCAACACGGGCAUCGCUACCACCUUCAUCAACAAGGCCUGCGAUGAGUCAGUGCUCAUGGAUCUGAAGGCUCUGCUCUUGGAGGCGAAGCAGAAGGUGCCUCCUGUACUCCAGGUCCUGCACUGUGGGGACGAGACCAUGCUGGACAUUGGAGGCGAGCGGGGCUGCGCCUUCUGCGGCGGCCCGGGCCAUCGCAUCACCGACUGCCCCAAGCUGGAGGCGAUGCAGACGAAGCAAGUCAGCAACAUCGGCCGCAAGGACUACCUAGCCCACAGCUCCAUGGACUUCUAGCCAGGGCACGAUGCUGCCUAGCACCGCCUCCACGCGGGCUGCGGG